AAAUUUUGAAGACAAGCCAAAUAAGAACAUUUUCUGGGGCUGGGAGCGGCUAGGCACUCUGGCCAAAAUAGGGGAUUAGUUGAAGGGGAAAGGAACAACGUCUGCAGUGAAAAGAAGCGGAGUGCAUGGACAGCAGGAUGGUGGCCUGUGGAGCUCAGAUGCUGCUGUGCCUCCUACCUCUUGUUGUCCUGCCAUCUGAUUGGCUUUUGCUGGGAGUCGUUGCUCAAACGGCAGCAGGGCCUCUAGAAAUACCCACAGAUCCAACCAAUGACUUGGAUGAUAGUGGUACAACAGCAUCACCUGAAUGCCGUGAAGAACAGUUUCCUUGCACACGUCUGUACUCUGUUCUCAAGCCCAUGAAGCAAUGCAUCAGUUAUCUGUGUGUCACCAGUGUCCGUCGGGCAUACAUGAUAAACAAGGAGAUCUGCUUUCGUAUUGUUUGCAAAGAAGAUGAGGCCAUGCAGGAGGAGAUUUGCCGCCAGAUGGCUGGCCUGCCACCACGCCGUCUCCGCCGCUCUGGUGAACCUCGAGGACCACCCUGUCGACGAGCAAAGGGCCAAUCUCAGAACAUGCUUGAUUCUCAGUGAUCAGGAAGCUGUAGGAAUGAGAAGAACAAAGAGGAACUGAAAUCAUACUGACAACCCAUUCUAAAUUUGCCCUUUUCAACACAAUCCCUGUCUCAAGACAUGCUUCACUAGUGCAGGGACCUUCCUUGAAAACAUGUCACUGAUGUUAUCUUUGAGAUGUGGUCCUAAGACCCUCAUAUGCACCUGCUUCCGGGUUAUUUUGACCUAGGGCUUUUAAUGUAAAUCCUACCCAAAAUCUGCCUUAAAAUACACAUACAAAAUGCCUGCUUCCUCAGUGUUUUUCCACCCAGUCAGUCUAGAGCCAGCUUGCCUACAGAUAAUUAAUAUAAUCUGUAUGGAUGUGGAUGCACUUAUAGUCUCUUCUUCAUAGGGUUUGAUUGUUUCUCUGCAAAAUCAGAGGAUAAUAGCCAUAUAUUGAACUCAGUACUGUGUUUAUGCACACAGAUGAACCUGCCUAAGAGAAGGAGACACUGGAAUCAUGGAAUCAAAGGAAGUAAGGGACCAUACAGACCAUCCAGUCCAUCUUUGUUCAGUGCAGGUAGCCACUACUACAGUAUCCCUGCUGUCCCAGCCUCUGUUUAAACACUUCCAUUAAGAAGGGUCCACUACUUCCUGAGGCCAUCUGCUCUACUCACUGUUAGGAUGUCUCUCCUGACAUCCAGUCAAAAGCUACUUCCUUUUCAUUUAUCCCACUGUUUUUUGUUCUGUCUCCUGGAACAACUUUGAACAAUUCUGCCCCAGGUGUUACAUGACAGCAGCCCUUCAGAUAUUUGAAGACAGCUUCCAUGUCUAUCUACAAUCUUCUCCAGGUGAAAUAUAUCCAGUGCUUUCAACUAUUUCUUGUAAGGUUUUCCUUCCAGGCCCCUAAUCACCUGAUUGCUCUCCUCUGGAUAUGCUCCAGUUUGUCAGUGUGACUGCCUUUCCUAAGACAUAGAACAGGAUGCAACAUUUUCUAUAAAAUCUGACCAACACUGAAGAGAGAGGAAUGGACUUCUCUGUCUCACAGAGAAUUCAAUUUAAAGCAAGGUUUUCGAGUUGCAAGGUGUCUACCAAAAAUAUUUUUCUAGUUCUUGUGAGGUGGAGCCCAUCUCUUGCCAGGAGCCCCCAAUCUCAUAAAUGUAUCCCAUCAUCCAAAUCAUUCCCAUUUGCAUAACCAGUUAUUCACAUCUAGUAUUCUCCUCUCUUCUCUUGAAGAAAACACCAUCUGUAUCCCCAGCUACUUCAUCCUCUUGCCCAGUACUUCACAAUCCCUUGAAACAUCUUCAAGAAUGUAGGGGGUCCUGGGAGCCUUUCCAUCAUAUCGAAAUACAUGCCCCAGGAAGGGCACUUUUCUCCUCUUGAUAGGCUCUUCAGCUGACAGAUUGCUUCUUCAGGCCCUCACAGCAGGGACUCUCUGAUCAUUACUAAUGGCUAUUUCCUCCUCUUCAGGCCAGAGGCAGAAAUCCUUCCCUUUGCAGAAUCCUCUUCCUCAGUCCCUGAGGCUUGUGGCAACUGACUUUUGUCCAGGCAUCCAGAAAUAUCAUCAACAGGGAUGCUGUAGAAUCUGUAGUGAACUGUCAGAGAGCAAGGGCUCUUCUUGACAGACUUAGUGCUUGGUCUCACAUUCUUCUCUCUGUCUAACUUUCUACUUGCCUUUCUUCUAUCUCCUGGAAGGCUUCUUGGUACUAUUGACCUUGGUGCUGUUGACCUCCUGUGUUCAUUCCAAGAAUUCCUUACGGUCCUUCAUAAGCUGGAGAUUGGACAGCUUGAAUUCUAACUCUUCUCUCCCGGGAGGGCAAUCUGCCUGCAGUUGCAUCAUGUGUAAUUCUUGUCAUUUUCUGGGAGGAAAACAAACAUGGCAAUUCUCUUCAAGUCACAAGAGUAGUUUCUUCUGUCUCCACUUUUCUCUGAUAAACAACAAACAAAAAAGCCUCCCUCCACCUACCUGACUUGUGCGAACUCCCCAUAGAAGCACUGAGGCUGCCUUAUCUUGAAGCGUGGGCAUUGGUCCAUCCUACCCAGUCUUGUCUACUCUGCUUGGUAGUAGCUGUCCAGGAUCUCAGGAAAUUCUUUCACAGCCCUCCUGCCCUCCCCCACUUUUUUUAAAUUUAAUUUGCUGAAGUGUGAAUUGGAACCUUCUUUCUACAAAUAUGUAAUCUAUCACUGGUCCCUCUCUUCAACUGCAAGUAUUUGAACAAGCAAGUGCUUAACUACACAAAUGUCCCACAGGAAAACUGGACGUUUAUUUCUACGAAAGCUUAGAAUUCCUUGGUGAAGCUGUUCAUAUGACAUAUUUGAAAUUCUCACCUUUCAAAUAUUCCCAGUAGUAAUGGUUUCCUUUACAGCUGCAUCAUGAACAGCUGUAAAGGAAUUGUUACUGAGGAGCAAGGUUCUGGCUGUCUUUAACAUGCCUUCUGUCGUUUAAUCCUAUUCAGCAUGCUACCAUUGGAUCCUAGAGGUGCAUAUCAUUAAUUUACCAGUGCUAAUGCCAGCAGAAUGGCAGAAUAGCACUUUGCUUUGUACUUAUCAUUAUGUAACACAAACCUACAAAAGAUGAGGCACUGACUGAGCCUUCUGUGAACGAAACCUCUUGCUUUCAGAUCGAAUCUAAAUGAUUUUUAUAUCAACUCACUAAUAAAGAGAAAAGUAACAUAUGAAUACCCACCUUGAUAUUCGCUUGCACUGAUGAAAUUGGAUUAUGCAAGAGUACUACUGGUACUUCUGUGGCAUUUGUGCAGAAAAGCUUCCCAGUGGAUUGUGCUACAGGGCCACAUCACUACUGUAGUAUGUGCAAGCUGAGCUUAACUGGCCAAAAAUGGUUGUUUCAGAUAUAGCCCCCCCAGCAGCCCCAGUAAUGAAUUGCAUAAAAUAAGUGUAGCAUGUGCCAUUUUGUAAGAGCAGCAGAUCUUGAAAGAAAAGCGUUAGAAGGAAGGCAGCUAUGUCAUCCAUUCUUCAUGGAAAGUAGCAGGGACAAAUCACUGUACAAAAGCAAUAUUUCAAAAAAAGUAAUAUGGAAUAAUUCUGACAUGGAGUGGCUACUAUGGGUUGCUGUUUUUUAACUGGGCCUCAGGUCUUAUGCCUCACUUAACAACCCUUUGAUUAUUCUCCAGAACUGCAAACUUGCUCUAUUAUGUUUGUGAGGACAAGCAGUUAGUAUUGCUUGGUGCAUAAGUGUUUUGGAACAGCGACUUCACACACCUCUAUACAUCACAUGAUCCCCCUCUGCACUUGACAACUCUUGACUGAAUGGAUGAAUAAUUUGUAUUGUUUGUUAUCAGGAAAUAGGAAGACUUUUUGUGACAGUCUGCUCACAUACACAAGCAAUUCUUAGAUACUGUAGCUAGUAAAUGAUGAAUUUGUAUAUGUGAAUUUGGCUAUACAUUAGAAACUGCCUUUUGCCUUUGGUAGUAGCUUGAUAAGGAGAAAUGAAUAGGCCACUUCUUUAUCAUCACUUUAGGAAAAACAAUUGCCUAUUACAUUUCUGCAUGAUACCUAGUAACUAUUAAAGCUAGAGAUGCAGAUCUAAUUAGAAAAAAAGGCAACACUCUGUCAUUAUAGAGAAUAAAUAUCUACUUUUUUAAGAAAGAGAUUACUUUCCUAUGAGAAGCUGGUGCACCUAUGCUCUUAGAGGUACAUAUAUAAUAGUUUUAAAUCUGUUCUAAAAGUGAAAUAUAGAAUCAGUUGUAAACACCUACAAAUGUAUUGUAUAGCUAUUACACACCAUAUUUUAAGAGAACACAAGGUAUUUCUUAUGCAGCUUCACUGUUCUACUUUAUGCAUUUAGGAUGAUGAAUGUUAGUGGAAUUUGUAGAAAAGAGCAACUAUAUAAAUAAACUUGUAUUUUGCAGAAAGCUUACACAAAUAUAUUAAAAGAUAAUCUGAAUUCCAA